UCCCACUACGCUUUGCGCGCCACAUGUUCGCCAUUUUGUUUUCAAGAACAACUGUCUACGUCUUUGGGCGAGUUUUUCAGCAGGAAAUUCAACCUUGUUCUGGUCAGAAUUUCAACUGGAAAGGAUUGUAGGCCAACAUGAUGUGGUAUACAGUCGCAGGUCCCGAGCGGUGACCCUGUAGAGGAGCUAUGAGUGACCCGUCCUCCAGUCCGAGCACUCCCGGCCGUCACUCCAACAUGGCGCACAAGUUUUCCAAGAAGCUCCCGAGCGUGGAGAGAGACUCGGAACCCAGCCCCACCCCCGCGGCCGCUCAGGAUAUACCUGAAAACGCCGCCAACAUGGCGAACAGUCAGGCUGCCUCCACCGCCAAGAAGAAGAGUUGUUUUCAGAUCACCAGCGUGAAGGGUCCCGGGAGCGAGGGGGAGUCCCUCGCGGACGGGUACGAGAGCGCGGACGAACUGGACGACACGUCGCGUACGGAAGACCUUUCGUCGGACAUGUUGGAUUCGUCCAUGAAGACGUCGGAUAUGGAGGUAGACGGAGCGUCGUCCGGGUCAGAAGAUACGCUGAACCAGUCAGAUACUGAGAGCCAGACUGGGUCGGUCUAUACCAAUGGAGUGUCCCGUUUUAGGGUCGUCAAAAUAGAACCAAGCGUGCCCACGAAACGGGGCAGGUGGGUUUGUACAGAUUUCACGGACCAACAGUUGAAUAAGGAAAACGUUGGGAUCAAGGCAGACUUUUCCGACCUGAGAGUCAACGAGGAUAAGGAGGGGGUGGCUCGGGAAGCUCCAGUGCGGCUAGUUCGGUACAUUACAUCCCCGGACAGGAUCCUAACGCUGAAAACCCCAUCGGGAUGCCCUUGGAGAGCGUAAUAUCACAGGGGGGUAUGAUAGGGGGCCAGGGGAUGUCUCAAGUCCAGCCGAACGUGUCCCAAAUCCAACCCCCCAUCCCCCAAGGACAGCCAAACGUUUCCACCCAACAGCCACAGUCGGUCGCCCCCAAGGGGAAGCCUGAGUUCACCAGCCAAAAUAGCAUUGAGGGUUUCUCUAAGGACGUCGCCGCCAGUCUUCAGCCAAUUCCAAACUCGGCCAACCUUUCCACGGCCAGGACACUACCAGGGUCGUCACAGAGUGCUGCUAUGGACACCGGGAAAGUCUACAAUUACCAGGACAGAUGGAACUACAGUGUAGCCGCCGGACAGGCAGACUUGUCCGCGAGCAACCCGGCCGCCAUGUUAUUGGCCGCGGCGAUAGGGUCACCCAGAUUAGAGAACCCGCUGGAUCCCGGAGAGUUUCCCAUUGGUCAGAUGUCAACAGCGAUACAGGCGGGGUCGGAAGGGGCGACAGAUAACAGCGAAGAAGGUGCUACGAAUGCUCCAAACGUGGUGGCAAUAGACAACAAGAUAGAGCAAGCAAUGGACCUAGUGAAAAGUCAUCUCAUGUACGCCGUCCGGGAGGAAGUGGAGGUACUGAAGGAACAGAUCAAAGAGUUGAUCGAGAGAAAUCAGCAGCUGGAGAGAGAAAACAGCCUCCUGAAGCAGAACGCCAGCUCCGACGUCCUAGAACAGUUGAACACACUCCAGCCUCCUCCCACACAAAACCAGCCGCCCACAACAACGUCAUAGGAACGGAACAACCGUACAGGACCUGUAGAUAGUAGAGCAAGCAAUGUAGCGGACUGAAGGGCCCCUCUUUUUGUACAGAACUGUGAAUACGUACAGAAUGAAUUAUUGAAAAGGUAGUAUUUUUGAGAAGGAGUUAAGAAUCUUCAGAGGCUGGUAAGCAAAAGAUGCAAUGUAAUGAUGAGAGAAUGGCUGUGUUAGGUCACUGUGAAUCAGUCUAUAUCCACAAUAAGUGCAGCAAUGUGAAGACACAACUGCCUGAUACAAGGAAUGUUAGCAUAAAAUAACAAGAAACAUCCUUGUAUAGUUACUAAGGAGUAUAGACUAAGAACAUGUUACAGUAUGAAGUAACUAAUACCACUUUCUCUAAUGCCAAUGUGUUGAAAACUGGAGUUCUUUUUUUGGUUCCGAUGAAAGCACAUUGAAGCAUGUGGAAAUGUGGUGUUCUGAAAAACCUGCACUUUGUGAACAGCAAGUUGGCCCAAGAAGUAAGGGCCUAUGAUUGGUCAAUACGAAAAUCACAUUACCUGAUCCAAGGAUUAUGAUUGGCUGAAAAAUCAAUUGCUCUUCAUGAUGGUUGGUUUUCAUGAGUACUGUUGGACCUUUCAUGCUUGGACUGCCAGUGAAAUAUGUUUCUGUUGUUAGCUUGACUUUUUUACAAGCCAUGUGUCAAAUAUCUUACGUAUGACAGCGCUUUUUAUUUUAUUUUUUACAAGUUUGGUACUUCUGAUGCGACCAGCAAACUUUGGAGAUGUUUUACUUAUGCCAAGCAUAAAAAUUGUGUUCCGAUUGGGAACAGUGCAAAAGACGAAAACGGAAUUUUGUUGAGUAUUCCUCUGUAAAUAUGGCAGACCAAUUGGAUGUUGAUAUUUCACAGCCACAACACUUGGGAAAUUUUCUGUGCUAAGCAUUAUGAUUUCUACAUUCUUCAUCGAUGCUCAGUUGUUACUUACUAGCCCUGUCUCUUUUAUAUCUAGAGCCAUACCAACUGUAAGAACACUAUUUUUCUUGGUCUUACACCACUUCAAAGUGAAAUGGUGUGUCAAGGCAAGAAAAUACAAUGAUAAAAACACUGAAAAAUCUGUCAAAUACUAGUAUGAUGAAAAGUGGCCUCUUGAAAACCCAGCCUGCUAUUUGUUCUGAAGAGACAGUUGUCUUCAGUAACCCACUAAUAUCUCGGUAAGAAGUAUAAACUGGUAGGUUAUGAUGUAGUGCCUUGUAUCUGUUCAUGUAGGCAGGCAAGGGACUGUGUUAUGGUAGGGGUAGGGUAGGGGUAGUUCGGAAGUCCAGUAUUUAUUUUAUAAUCUUACUCAUUCAUGUACUACGUGUAUUAAGUAUAUGUAUCGUUGAGUUCAAGCGUUACUGACUGUUUUAUUAUUAUGCAGGAAAUAAUUCUUCCUUUGGCCUAAGUGAUCCUCAGCAUUAUAAUUUUUCAGGGAUUUGUAGUCAUUUUUUGUUCUGGAUCAGUCCAUGCUACAAUAUUUUGCGCGGAGUGCUGCUAAUUUCUUAGGUCCACACCUGAUUGUAUUGCCACAAAAUACCUUCAUCUGUAUCUCCCCCUCCUCCCAAAAGUGUAUAGGGAACAGUGGGAAUAGGACUGACACAAGCAACUUAUUCGAAACAUGAAAUCUCUUUUAUUGACUGAUUAAUCUGAAGGAAAGAAGACAUCGCUACUCUAAGGAAAAUCAAAUUGUACCAACACAAGAUGGACAUGAUACUAGUACAUGGCCAGCUUGAUGUGAUUAUAUUAACCAUAGCACAUACUAGUAUGCACUUCUGCAACAAUUAUUCAGAAACAAGAACUAUGCUUAAGAAGAAAAGGCUGUUCAGAAAUUGAGAGAAAAUCUUGUGUACUUUCAUUCCUAAUACUGAUCAUACUUAUUGCUGGACUUUUACGAUUAUGAGUAACUUGAGCAAUGUACUUUGUCUUGUGUACUUAAAAAAGUGUCUUGUAUAUGACAUAUCCAUGUGCAAACUUAUACUAAUUGCCUUCUAGAUAUAAGAAAUACUAAAGGUAAGAAUGACAAUACACUGGCAAAUUCUAGAUUAUACAGAGGAAAGAACCAAUGUACUGUUAGUGGAAUUAUACCAAUGAAGAACUAUGAAGCAGUGCACUGGUAUUCACCAAAGUUAUUGUUAUAUUCCUACUUAAAAGUGUAAUCUUUUUAUUGAGAAUCAUAAUGUGUACUUAACUUUCCAUGUACUUUAAAAUGGUGUUAUGUUUGUGUCUCUUACCAUGUGAUUCUUUUGGUUUGAGGCAGUUUCUUAAUCUCCAAACCAUUUGCAAUAUUUUAAGGUUUGCUAUAUAAAGCGGUAUGGAAAUCCGAACACAUCACUGCGGUUGUAUGUAGCUAUGUUUUUGAAAAGUUUGCUCCUAUUCUGUUAAACGCUGAGAAACUCAGAUCAUAUCAACCAAGCAAGUUCCAUGUUCUGUAUCAUACUUGAAAAAAAUUGAUAGCCAUAAAUAUUUCUCUUGGCAGAAAAUUUAUAAACACAUGCAAGCUAAGAACUGCUUUUCAACCAAAACCAGUCACUUGUGUAUUAUUAUGCACCACAACUUUGUAGAUAAGGCAAUGUUGAAAUGUAGAUAAAAACGAAUAAAACAAAUGGAAACCUCAGCUUUGUGGAGGUUUUGGUGAAGAAGUA